ACACGGACUCAUUUAGACGUUGCUCCUCCGGUCUCCUGGCAACCGACGCUUUCUCUCUAAAAUGGCAAAGUUUGUGCUCGCUGGUAAAUCGGACUGUCCCUACUUUGCCAAAGCGGAACUUUUAGCCGACGCUCUGCAGAGAUGUCUACCAGACUUCAGAGUCCACAAGAUCUCAGUCCUGCCAGAGGACUGGAAGGAAUGGCUGGAGGUCACGUGUCAAAGAAAUGGCUGGAAACACGAGCACUCCCCUCUGGUUUGGAGGGAACUGGUGGUCCAAGGUGGCAAAGGGAUGCUCCUGGGGGGCUUCAGUGACUUCCUGGAGCACUGCCAGGAAUACUACGGGAUCACGUCAGACAUGCCCACAGACCUGAUGCUGAGCGUUGCUGCAGAAAACCUGCAGGCCAAACUGAAGCAGACCGCAGAAGAGCAGCGGCGCGUCAGUCUCAUUCAACCCUUUCACAUAUGGAUCAGCGGUGCUCUCAGCCCAGUCUGCCACGUUCUGAUCCCCAAGCUGCUCUCUGCCGAGGUGUUCCCCGGAGUUUCUCUGAUCAGCCUCCAUCUGCUGGACCUCGACGGGACUGAGGAGGGUUUGCAAGACCUGAGGAUGGAGACCCAGGACCUGGCCCUCAGUAUUCUCCAUCAGGUGACCGUUCACACAAACGUGGAGCAAGCAUUCAGGCACGCAGACGUCGUCCUCCUGCUGGACGACGGGCCGGCGGAUGGGGAGAGCGACCCUGAGGAGGACAGAAGGACCAGCGUGAAGAAGAUCUCCGAGCGGUACAGAGAGUACGGACGACUGAUCGACUCCAGAGCGAGGAGGGAGGUGAAGGUGAUGGUGUCUGGCGAUUCCUUCGUGAACCUGAGAUGCUCGCUGCUGGUGGACUCUGCCUGUUCAAUUGAGAGCCGGCAAUUUAUCGCCAUGGCGACGCAGCUGGAGAACGAAGCGAAGGCCAUCAUUGCGAAGCAGCUGAACGUGAGGGCGUCAGAUGUUACAGAUGUGAUCGUGUGGGGAAACAUCAGCGGCAUCUUCUACAUCGACGUGCAGAUGGCGAAGGUUUUCAACUACGACGGGGCAGUGAAAGGGCCGCCGUUCUUCUGGCAGCCAGUCCUGAAGGUCCUCCAUGACAGGAAGUGGUUGGAAACUGAUCUCCAGUCCUUGGCAGGACGCCGGCGAGGAACCGUGACUUCGAAGACGGGCCGGGCGGCCGGCAUGGCGGCGGCCAACGGCCUCCUCGCCGUCCUGAGGGCCUGGAGCGGCGCCGGGGACACGCAGGAAGUCCUGUCCGUGGGCGUGCCGUGCACAGGUCACUACGGCGUCCCGGAGGGCGUCGUCCUCUCGGUGCCCGCCGCCUUCAGGGAGGGGAAAUGCUCCCUGCUGUCCGAGCUGAGCGUCGGAGACAAGCUGAAGGAGAGAAUCCAGCUGUCCCUCGACGAACUGCUGCAGGAAAAGAAGCUCGCAGAGGGAAACAACUGACAUCUGCAAAUAAAUAAA